GAGAGCCCAACCCACUUCACGGCCUGCCUGGAGCCAUCCUGUCAUGAGCUGCUACUUAUCUCCGCAUGAGUGCAAGGAAAACUAAAUAUUCAGUGUAUAAUGGCGUUUGGUCAGACAGUGCUGACAUUAUGGAUUUUGAUCCAGUACUUUGACAUAGUGAGGUCAUGGCAAGCAGUUGUGGUAAAGCCUUCUGUGUUUGUUCGGUCUGGGUCUUUAGCCGAGCUUUCCUGCACGUAUGAUACAUAUGCCUCAGAGGGAUUUACUCUGGAGUGGCGCUACUCUGCUCCUGGAAUGCCUGCUGUCCAAGCAAAGAGGGUGUUAUACUACAAUGGUAGGCUGUACUGGAUGAACUCCUGGGAGGGAAGGAUGACUCUAGUGCAGAACCCUCCAGUGAAGGGUGUCGCCUCUGUCAAGAUCAUCAAUGCUCAGUCCUCAGAUGCUGGCCUGUAUAUAUGUGAGGUUACCAACCCGAGUGACUGGUCCGGCAGUGGACAGGGUCUGAUCAACCUCACUGUGCUUGUGCCCCCAUCCAUGCCAGUGUGUCAACUACAGGGAAACACCUAUAUGGGGAAUGAUGUCACUCUGAGUUGCCAGUCCUCUCAGGGUCUCCCCACACCUAUUUAUUCAUGGCACAGGGAGCAGAAUGCAGCCCCAUUACUGCCAGACAGUUUCGUAGAAGAUCAGCGUACUGGUUCUCUGAUGUUACACAACUUGUCUGAUGCCUUUGCUGGAACCUACACCUGUAGAUCCUCUAAUGAGCUUGGCCAGUCAGCAUGCAGCAUAAUUCUCAGAGUAGCACAUGGGGAAACCGCAGCUGUUAUCGGUGCUUUGGUGAUGGGGAUCUUUCUCGUUCUUCUGCUAAUUGGGGUAGCAGUCGCUUAUGUGAUCUGUAACAGGAAGAAGCAACUGAAGAAAACAUAUGCCAGUGAGCUUAGUCAGGUGAACAACAAUUUAACACCUCAUCAGCAGACUGAAGGAAACCUACCUACUGGUCAGUCGGAUACUGAGAACCAGAUGGACUUGAAGGUGUCCCACUUCAGUCCACUUGUUUAGCUUUAUCGCGCUGCAAUGUUUCCUAUCAGCAACUCUUGUACAUCUGUGGCUUGUUUGCUCUAGCUUACUUUUUGUUAAGCAGGAAGUAAAAAUACAUUGUUUUUAGUUAAACUUUUACUUGUUAUUGUAUAUUUUAUUCAACACUACUUUUACUG